AUGGGAGAUUGCCGGAUUCGCAUCGUGAUUGCCAAAGACUUGAUACCAAAUAUUGAAAAUGAUUUUACGAUGAAUCAAAUGUACACUUCCGAUACGACUGUUCGAGAAGUUAUGGAGAGUACCAAGCAACUGUUCAGUUUGUAUCAAUCCAAACAGUCUUUCCAACUAUGGGAUGUCACUUUAUCUCCGCCAAACGAUAUUACAUGCUGGCCGUUGGAAGAUUUCCCUGAACUUCAAGGUCCUAAAAGUAAGACACUACAUAGUGCUGGUUGGUUUCCGUCAGGGAGUUUGCUGGUACUGCCACCAAAUGUCAAGCCUUCGGAAUACAAAGUUGCUGUGUACGAUGAUUCUCAAUACAACAAACAGGAGGCACUUGCUCCCAUGGAAACGGACUCGAAGCCUACCAUAGAAUUCAAGGAUGAAACGCUUACAAACAGCCAGCCACUUCCGUCCCAGGUUAUGGAAUCGGUGGUAAAACGAUUUGCCAAUGAUCCUAACGAGCAGGAUGUCUCCGAUGCUCAGACCCUUAGACGGCAGAACCAAGAAGCGCGCAAAGCACUAGAAGAAGAGAGGGCUACAAAACUGGAUCAACGGAUAAAGAAGCUAGAAGAGACUUCGAAUGAGAAAAACAAGAAAGUAUCCGACCAAGUGAGGCUGAUGUUGAUCAAGUCUAGAGCUACAGGAGUGAAAUCUUUGAAGCAACGGGAUCGGAUGUAUUUUGAAUGCGUGGCCGAUAAGAAUGGCGAAUUGACAAAGGAAUAUCGCUUCUUUUCGCCUCAAGAUACAUUUGCAAAGAUUGCUUCUUCAUUUUCUGCUCCUACUCAAGCGGGAUUUCAGAACAAUGAAGUCAUUAUCAAGCGCGGGGACGCCUAUCUCCGUUUUCCAGUGUCCAUGAGAGUAUAUGAAGCAAUCGCAGAUGGGCAUCUCUCAGAUAAGUUCAAUGUCAUCGUGAUUCGGUGGUAUUCCGAUAACGAGGAUCCCUCCCCUAGCAUCGUGUCCAAAGAUGAUGAGACGGAGCAAAUGCAAAUGUCACAAGCGAAUGGAGGUGAUACAAACGAGGCUCGCGUAGGAGAAGCACCAAUGGAACAAGAUUCCGUCAAUCCAAUUUCACAGAGCGGUGUUAUAGAAGAUAUAGCACUUGGAAAGCUACUGCAAGAUCUAGAUAUAACUCUGAGCAAGGGGAAGAAGCCAAAGAAGAAUUCAGCUGCAGCAAUGAAGGUCCGCUGCAUGCAGAUCAAAAGCAAGGCGAAAGGUGAUGCCAAGCGUGUUCCAAAAAUGGAGGACCGCUUCUUUCUUGAAGUUGUUACAGUUUCUAAGGCUGGCGAAGCAAAGUCAUCCUAUUGUUUCCUCGCGAGAAAGGACAAGAUUGAAAGAUUGCUUCAGGUAGUUGCUACUCUCCCCACUUCAAACCUAACAGAGUUGGAAUUUCUCGUAGCAACAGAGAAAGCGAGCGAGUUCACCGCCAUUAAUGACACUUCAAUAGAAUUGAAUGGAGCGGAACAAAGGCAGCUGCUAAAGGGAUUCGAUAGGAUAAUACUUCGACAAAAAUAA